AUGCAACACCCGAAUUCUCUGGCGCUUCUGGGCGCUAUCUACGCCUUUACCCUGGCUGCUGCUGGCAGUGUGCCUAGAGGUGUUGGCCCAGAAUUUGCUUCUCACUACCAGGGCGAUGAAUUCUCCUGCAUCACCAACGCAGCGAUCAAAUUGAGUCUUGACAGAGUCAACGAUAACACGUGCGAUUGUCCCGAUGGCUCAGACGAACCAGGCACCGCUGCCUGCGCCAACCUCGACCCUCUCUCCCCCGAACAACCUCUCGCGGGCUCCAUCUCCGGCACCACAAACACCACCAACGCCCUGCCCGGCUUCUGGUGCGAGAACAAGGGCCACAUUGGCAUGUACGUUCCGUUCCUCUACGUCAACGACGGCGUGUGCGACUACGAGCUCUGCUGCGAUGGGUCAGAGGAGUACGGCAGUGUAGGCGGUGUCAAGUGCGAGAACAAAUGUGCCGAGAUCGGAAAGGAGUACAGACGCUUGGAGGAUGAGAAGAAGAAGGCUUUGCAGAAGGCUGCGAUGAAGAGAGGCAAGAUGGUCAGCGAGGCGAAGGACCUGAGACAAAAGGUUGAGAAGAAGGUGGAGGAUCUCAAGAAGGAGAUUGCGGCGCUGGAGGUCAAGAAGGAGGAACUUGCGCAGAAGCACCGUGAUGCUGAACAGCAAGAUAAGGGAAAGGUUGUUCGUGAGGGUCCUGGCACUGGAAAGCUUGGUGUUCUUGUUGGUCUUGCAAAGACUCGCGUUAACGAGCUUAGGGAUACGCUGGAUAAGGUGGUUACCCAGCGCGAUGCCCUCAAGGAGCGAGUCGGUGAACUUGAGGAGCUUUUGACAAAGUUCAAGACUGAUUAUAACCCCAACUUCAACGAUGAGGGUGUCAAGGCGGCGAUUCGGUCGUUUGAGGAUUACUCGGCUCGUCGGGCGGAGAGCAAGGAGGAGGUUGUUAGCGAUGAGGAUGUUUUGAGUGUUCUCAAGGAGGAUGGGGAGAAUGCCGGUGUUAACUGGAGUGAGUUCGAGGAGGGUGAAGGAAGCGAUACUGAUAUCCGUAAGUCAACUCUGCAACAAAACAGUGUGUUCUUUGCUAACGAGUUAGUGUACAACUUUGAGGCUUACCUCCCCCCUCCCGUCCGAGCCUUCAUCCACAACUCCCUCGACAACCUCCGCGUCUGGGCCAUCACCAACGGCAUCCUCGCCGACAACUCAUCCCCCGGCAAAGAAUCCACCCUCGUCCGCGCCGCCCGCGAAGCCGUAGACGCUGCCAAUCGCGACCUCUCCGACAAAAAGUCCACUCUCUCCGUCGAACAAGCCGAUCUCGACUUUGACUACGGUCCCGACGAUAUCUUCCGCGCCCUCAAAGAUAAGUGUGUAACUCUCGAGGCGGGCGAGUACACCUACGAGCAAUGCUGGCUAGGUAGCACGAAGCAAAAGUCCAAGAAGGGACACGGUCAAAGCAACAUGGGAAAUUUCAAGCGCAUUGAUAGAGAAAUGGCGGAUGAAGAGGACAGGAUCGAUGGCAAGAGUCUGGGUAGGGGUGAGAGGAUGGUGUUAAGGUAUGAGGAUGGUCAGCAGUGCUGGAAUGGACCGCAGAGGAGAACGGAUGUGUGGCUGGGAUGUGCGGAGACGGAGGAGUUGUGGAGGGUCAGUGAGAGCGAGAAGUGCGUUUACAGGAUGGAGAUUGGUACGCCUGCUGCCUGUGACUUUUCGAGAUGGGAUGUUGGAAGCCAGCCCAAGAAGCCCAGAUCUCGCGAUGAGCUAUAG